AUGAACGAGGUAGCAGAUAGCGAAUCCGAAAAAGACUGCGAGCGCAGUAGCCUAGUGGAAGAUGUACUAAACCAAAAUGAAAAAAUCAAAAGGAAAAACAUAAAUAAGUCACAUGUAAAAAAUAAUAAAAAGAUAAAAUUAAAUAAUACAGUUAGUAAAGAUAUAGAAAGAGAACUAACAUUGGAAAACCCAUAUCAAGUUAAUACAGAUGUUAAUUUAAAAUAUGAAAGUAACAAUGAUGUGCCAAUAAAUAAUAGCAGUGACUACUCUAAUGUGAUUGAUGUUGUAUACAGCGCUAGUAAGGUCAACAUUAGUAGUGAUCUCCAUGUACAUAGCGGUAGCAACAUUAAGAUGUCCACUGCUGCAACGAAGAGUACAAAUAGUAAUGAUAACAAUGUCAAUAGUUAUUAUAGUACUACUACUACUACUGCUACUACUACUACUACUACUACUAAUAAUAAUAAUAAUAAUAGUAAUAAUAAUAAUAGUAAUAAUAAUAGUAAUAAUAAUAAUAAUAAUAAUACUAAUAAUAAUAGUAAUAAUAAUAAUAAUAAUAAUACUAAUAAUAAUAGUAAUAAUAAUAAUAAUAAUCGUAGCAGUGCUAAUCUUGAUGAGCAGAGAGGGAAAACCCCCCCCAAUAUUGGAGUUACAAAUAUCUAUGGGCAUACCAGCAGUAGUAGUAACAAUAACAGUAACAAGAACUGUAAUGGUACUAGUAUCCCUUCGAACUACUUGUUAAAGAGCGGUUACGCGACCAAGGAAGGAAACAAAGAUAAACAAGUGGACGAGGUAGCGGAGGGGGAGUGCACCAUUAUGAGUAACAAUGUUAGCAUUAGAGGUACCAAUAGCGGGGCUAAUUGCAGCACUGAAGAGCCCACACUGAUAAACAAACUGACGAACAAAAGAUACAGCGAUAGGUACCUUCAACUGCUGGAGGAAAAGAAGAAGCUACCUGCAUGGGGUGCGAAAAAGAACUUUUUAAAAUUAUUUAAAAAAAAUAAUGUGUUAAUUAUUGUUGGUGAUACGGGUAGUGGUAAGACAACACAGAUUUCUCAGUUUGUAUUAGAAUCAAAAUUUAGUGAAAAAAAAUCGAUAGCUGUAACUCAACCAAGAAGAGUAGCAGCUAUGAGUGUAGCAACAAGAGUAUCAGAAGAGUUAGAUGUAGAAUUAGGAACAUAUGUAGGAUAUACGAUUAGGUUUGAAGAUAGAUCAAGCAGUAAAACGAUAAUUAAAUAUUUAACAGAUGGAAUGCUAUUAAGGGAAUCAAUGAGUGAUCCUUUGCUUAAAAAAUAUAAUACCAUAAUUUUAGAUGAAGCACAUGAACGAACAUUAGCUACAGAUAUUCUAUUUGGUGUAAUUAAAAAUAUUCAAGAAAAGAGAAAUGAUUUAAAAUUAAUAGUUAUGUCUGCAACAUUAGAUGCAGAAAAAUUUCAAAAUUUUUUUAAUGGUUCAAAAAUAUUGAACAUCCCAGGUAGAUUACAUCCUGUAGAAAUAUUUUAUACACUUGAACCAGAGAAAGAUUAUAUCAGAGUUGUGAUUAGAACUGUAUAUGAUAUACAUGUAAAUGAAGAAGAGGGUGAUAUUUUAGUUUUCUUAACAGGUGAAGAAGAAAUAGAAAUGACAAAGAAAGAAAUUGAAAAGUUGGUUUCAAAAAAUAUGAAUGCAGGGCAAUUAGUAGUUUUACCGUUAUACUCUUCCUUACCUCCAACACAACAACAAAGAAUAUUUGAACCAGCACCAGAGCCAAGAUUUAAAGGAGAUAAAAAAGGAAGAAAAUGCAUAUUAGCUACAAAUAUAGCUGAAACGUCAAUAACUAUUGAUGGAAUUGUUUAUGUAAUAGAUCCAGGUUUUUCAAAACAAAAAGUGUAUAAUCCAAGGGCACGAAUAGAAUCAUUAUUAAUUGCUCCUAUAUCGAAAGCAUCAGCUCAACAAAGGGCGGGAAGGGCAGGUAGAACGAAACCUGGUAAAUGUUUUCGCUUAUAUACUGAAAAAUGUUUUGAUCAAACUUUACCUGAACAAACAUAUCCUGAAAUAUUAAGAUCAAAUUUAGGUUCAGUUGUAUUAAAUUUAAAAAAAUUAGGAAUUGAUGAUUUAGUUCAUUUUGAUUUUAUGGAUCCACCUGCUCCUGAAACUUUGAUGAGAGCCUUAGAACAGUUAAAUUAUUUAGGUGCAUUAGAUGAUGAAGGUGAUUUAACUGAAAAAGGGCAUCUCAUGUCUGAAUUUCCUGUAGAUCCACAGCUAGCCAAAGUAUUAAUAGAAUCCCCAAAUUAUUCUUGUUCUAGUGAAAUACUAACUAUUGCUGCUAUGUUAUCUGUUCCUCAUUGUUUUCUGAGACCAAAAGUAAAAGGUAAAGAAGCAGAUGAAAUGAAAGCAAGAUUUUCACAUUUAGAUGGUGAUCAUUUAACUCUACUAAAUGUUUUUCAUGUAUAUGUAAAGUAUGCCUUAGUUGACAUAAAUGCAUCUAAGAAGUUCUGUUAUGAGUACUAUCUAAAUCAUAGAGCUAUGACAUCUGCUCAAAAUGUUAGGAGUCAAUUACUUAGAACUAUGGAACGAUUAAAUUUAAAAAUUGUGUCUAUUAAUCCUUCUAAUCCGGAUUAUUAUGUUAAUAUAAGAAAAUCAAUUUUAAGUGGGUUUUAUCAACAAGUCGCAUAUAAAACUAGUAAAGGUUAUUAUAUAACUGUUAAGGAUAUUCAAAUUGUUACCUUGCACCCGUCAACCGUUUUUCAAAUAAAUCCUGAAUGGGUCAUAUAUCAUGAGCUUAUACUAACAACCAAGAAUUUUAUAAGGACAGUUACGAAAAUUGACGGAAAGUGGUUACUCGAGAUGGCAAAGGACUACUAUGCGCUGGAUGAUAUUCCAAACAGUGAAGCGAAAAAUGAGCUUAAGGUACUACUCAAAAAUGCUGCUUAG